UAUAUCAACGAACUUCGAAUUCCGAAACCGUUUUCUGAAAAGUUUGCUAUGUAUUUCAGUGUUACAUUAUUUUUGUCUAAUUCUUUACGUUACAAAGUUGUUAAAUAAUCGUGAAUUAAUCCUACGCAUAAUGUAGUCAUCGAAUCUUACUUUCGAGAAGAGAAGCUACACGCGAAAAUAUGAGUUUUUAUAUAAAUUCGACUUAUUUUUCAUGCAGAAGCCAUCUACGAUAAAACCAAAAAUUAGAGUGUUUCAUGUGUUUUAAUUUUUAUUGUGUCAUAGAAAAAAAAUGCAAUCAUCUACCGAUGUCGGUGUUCAUCAGCCAGUCGGAAAAACUGAGAGUGAAACUACGUUACCUUUAUCUUCUGUACAAACAACAACUGCGCCAUAUUUGCAGACCUCAACUAACGCUUCUAGUACUACUAAUGUUGCUUUGAAUCAAGCUUCCAUUAAACAAGUUAAUUUAUCAGCUAGACCUGACAAACCUGCGAAUGGUAACUCGAUCUCACAAAAUAAUCGUUUCGUACCUGCUUCAACAUGUGUUACAACUUACCAUAUCCCUAGAGGAACAGCAACUGUAGCAAAUAUAGCAGGACCACGAGGUUCAUUAGCUACCCCUAUCGUGCGUACAACUCCUGUUUCGCAUGUUCAAGCCUCGACAACAUUGGCUGGAAGUACACCAUCGGCGUUCAUCCCUGCGUUAAGUAGGCCUGUAACUACAUGGGUGGUUCCGAAUACCACAUCUUCGGCGAUACUGCAGAAAGCAGGCACUUUGAAUGUCAUUCCUAGCACCACUUACGUUAAGCCACCGAGUACAAUGACAGUUACCAGUCGAAUUGCUACUCCUAUUGCGAGCAAAACGUCGGAUACUGCCAUUAAACCAAUAAUACUUCAAAAUACGCCUAAACAGCUGAUAACGCAAGCAACAAAUCAAUUACAGGACAGAAACACAGGUGGUAUGUUGAAGACCAAUGUCGGUAUGGUGACCAUAAGAGGAUCAACAAUUACACCUGGCUUGCAGCCUCAAGCAAAAGUCACCCAUGUAGCUCAAAGUAGUCAACCUCCUCGAUUAACUGUAUCGACGGUAUCGAUGCCUCUGCUAGUACCAACUGCAGCAGCAGUAGUUAGAAAACCACAAACAUUAGCUCCAAAGAUAAUAGCACAAUCAGCAAGGGCACCAUUUACUGUACAAUCUAUUCCAGUCAGCGUUAGCCAUACUGUUUCUGCUCUAACGAUGAACAAGAAAACUGCUGGAAUCACGGUCGGAAAUAAUCAAACGACUGUCGCUGGUCAAAAUACAACUACCAUGGUUCGUUCUACUCCGACGAUGGUCGCAUCUAACUCGAUGAUAGCCAAAGUAUACCCGACAAAUACAGAAAUCAGAGCAACUGCGCCUACCGGAAAUUUAUUAAUACAAACGACUCCUAAACCUUCAAGUACUGUGAUGAGUAAUUCGACAGUUACUGCAUUUACCGCGCCGUCGACGACUUUUAUGUACGAACCUGAAAAUUUUCAAGUUAAAAGAACGCUUGUUUCAUCAUCGUGUACUGCUUUCACCUCAUCUGUUACUCCAUUAACUACGACUAUGUCGAUACCUCGACAUUUCAAUGUUGUAUCAAAUUCUAAUCCUAUCCCUCGUUUGAAUCCAAUUAUGGUGGUAGAACCUCCUCGAGUUGCUGCUUCUACGGCGCCUACGUCACCAAAUGCUGUUCAACCAUCUACUGUGACAAUUCAGUCGUAUGUUAUUCCACAAGGUCCUUCGGUGGCUCCUGCGCCUGUACCUGUACCCGUACCUGUGCCUGUAUCUGUACCUCUAUCUGUGCCUGUACCUGUACCUACGUUACAACCUCAAGCUCCAUCUGCUCCUCAGUCAAGAGUAGUGUCCCCAGUGCCGCAGCAAACUACCAGUAUGAAAUCGAACGCGUCACCAAGACCGAGUAUAUUGCGAAAACGUGACAUCGACGGAUCGUUAGCUAAAGCUCAACGCAACUUAACGCCGCUACUUAAUUCUGUGCCUACGUCUUCAACGGUACCGUCACCUCCUCCUUCACCUCACAUGGCAGAUAUCGGUGGAGGUCAAUCGUCCAACAGUUCGUCGACCUUAUCAGCCACUUCAUCGCCUGGUAUUCCGAACAUUGAUCCAGAAUCACCUACCCCUAAACCAGAACGAGUCUUGAUGAUCGCCAAUUGCGACGAAGAGCAGCUGAGGACUUCGUCUUUGGUUGAAAUGAGUCCUAGAAAGAAACCUAGAAAACAGCAAUUAGGGGGAAAUUUAACGAAUGAACCGAAACUGGAAGAUGAUAUGGAGUUCAUAUCGGAUGAUAAAAUUAAAAAAGAGAGCAGAGAUACCGACCCAGUGCCUGUUAAUCAAGAAUCUCAUAAAGCCUCUUCUUCGUCGUCGUCUUCGUCGAAAAAACCCAACAUUUCAAUACUCAGUGGUUAUAAUCAUGGUUGGAAAUCGAGGCAUCAUCACUUUCUACGUUACAACGAUGUGAAAUAUAAAGAAGAAAAGAAACCAGCUGUUAACGAUAUCGCCAAUCAGAAAUACGUCACUCAAAAAAUCAACGGAUGGAAGAUUUACCAUCUGAGUGCUCAAAUGGAGAACUUGCAUGAUAUCGAAAUCGAAGUCGUCGACAAAUUUUCAUCAUUACUAAAGUUAUUCAAAAGUCACACCGAAAAUGAUGAAAAUAAGAGCUUAAAUCGUACCAAUGAAUUAUUCAUGGGUAACAUGCAACGUAGCAAAGUAGUAUCGGAUCAAUUAAAAGAAGCUAAAACGCAAAUGAUGAAAGUUUUCAACCAUAAAAAACACGUUAGCGAUAUCAUAAAUAAAUACGCCAGUAAACGAACGAUCAAGAAAAAAGGACGGUAUUAAAGACAAUGUGAAUUGUGCGAGAAAUUCAUUUCAUUGACGGAUAAUCAAAUGUUGACGAAACAUAGUAUUUUUAUAACCCUUUUCAUAAGUUUCUAGUUCCUAUCAUGAUGAAUUCUUUUAACUAAUGAAAAGGAGAGAAAAAAAUAAUGACAUUCUUCCUUGUUUUUAACGUUAUUUUGUAUUAUACAAUGUAUAUUAUUGUAGAUCUCUGUAAUUAAUAUUUUUAUUUUAUUUCCUCGUAAGAAGUUUUAUUACUACGAUGUAUAUUCAUCUUGUAAAAAAAAGAAAGUUAUUUAAAUCACCCUUGGCCGUUUUUACGCGGAUUCUUUUUUUUUUUUCAAUAAAAAAUUGUAAUUUAAUAUUUGUCAGAAAUGUUAUUUAUUUAGAUUUGAAGAGAUCUCUUUUGUAAGUUCACUUCGAAAAGGAAAUAAACGUUGUGUUUUCUUCAUUUCUUCAAAUAA